AUGAACCCUGGAAACCAUUCUUCAGUGACUGAGUUCAUCCUGGCUGGGCUUACAGAGAAGUCGGAGCUCCGGCUGCCCCUCUUCGUCCUCUUCCUGGCAAUCUACAUGGUCACAGCGGUGGGGAACCUGGGCAUGAUCACACUGAUUGGGCUCAGUUCACACCUGCACACCCCCAUGUACUAUUUCCUCAGCAGUCUGUCCUUCAUUGAUUUCUGUCAUUCCACUGUCAUUACCCCCAAAAUGCUGGUGAACUUUGUGACAGAGAAGAACAUCAUCUCCUACCCUGCAUGCAUGACUCAGCUCUAUUUUUUCCUCAUGUUUGCUAUUGCCGAGUGUCACAUGUUGGCUGCAAUGGCGUAUGACCGCUAUGUGGCCAUCUGUAGCCCCUUGCUUUACAAUGUCAUCAUGUCUCGUGGUGUCUGCUUCUGCCUCACAGCAGGAGUUUAUAUUUUGGGUGUCCUUGGUUCUACGAUCCAUACAAGUUUUAUGCUGAGACUCUAUUUGUGCAAGACCAAUGUGAUUAAUCACUAUUUCUGUGAUCUCUUUCCCCUCUUGGAGCUGUCCUGCUCUAGCACCUACAUCAAUGAGUUACUGGUUUUGGUCCUGAGUGCUUUUAACAUCCUGACUCCUGCCUUCACCAUCCUUGCCUCCUAUGUCUUCAUCAUUGCCGGCAUCUUCCAAAUUCGCUCCACUGAGGGCAAGUCCAAAGCCUUCAGCACUUGCAGCUCCCACAUCUUAGCAGUUGCUUUCUUCUUUGGAUCUGCAGCAUUCAUGUACCUGCAGCCUUCCUCGGUCAGCUCCAUGGACCAAGGGAAAGUGUCUUCUGUAUUUUAUACUACUGUGGUGCCCAUGUUGAACCCCCUGAUUUACAGCCUGAGAAAUAAGGAUGUCAAAUUUGCCCUGAAAAGAACUGUGGGGAGGAAAUUCUGUUCGUGA